AUGCUGGCUGCUCAGCUCCUUUUCUUGCUUGCGCAAGCCCUCCUCCAGUACCCACAGCAGGCCGGCGAUGGGCUGGAUGAGGCCGCGCUGGAGCGUAUGCAGCAGCGUGCCGAGUACCUGGAGCAGCAGAUGACUCGGUUCACUCUGGAGCUGGAGCACACGAAGCUGGAGCAGAGCCGUGGGGCCUGGGGAGCUCCGCUUCUGUGGCACUUCUCGGCUCUGACUGGAAUCCUCCUCCUUCUCUUGGCACUGUACUUUGGACACAAGAAAAUUAGACGUGAUCCAGACAACAGUGGCCACAAGGAGAGGUCCUCAAACAGCCUUGGACGUGAAGCAAAAGAAGGCUAUGAUGAUGCAAAGGAAGACGUAAACAACGAUGAGGAAGUGGAGGACGUCAAUGCUGCUGGAAAUGGAGAGGCCAAAAGCGAUGCAAAUGAAGACGAUGACCGCCACAGCAUCAAGAGGAACCUUGAAAGCCUUUCAGAGCUGUACAUAGAGUUGCCUGUUCUGGAUCUGGAGAAAGGCUGCUCCGUGAUUACAGACCUGAUGGACAAACUCAUACGCAUCAUUGGACAAGGCUUGUCCAACAGCUUCUACCCGGUGCCACAACAAGCCAUCAGAGUGGGCAGCGGCUUUGAAGGCUGGAGUUCCUGUACACAAGAUGUUGUGUACUGCAUGCUUGUACCCCUGAGUCCCCCUCCAGGACAUGCCUUCCACCUGGAGCUGGACACUGCGGGGAUGCUGCAGAGGAAGUUCUGUGUCCGUGUGGAGCAGCUGUGCACCUGCACGAGGGAGAGGCUGGGGGAGGACAUGCUAUGUUUCCUCCACCACCCUGAGGAGGAGCUGAGAAGGAAACAGGACCCCAGCCUCCUGCACACCCUCUGCACUGGCUCCUAUCUAGAUGUGAAGAAAACUGUCCACUGGUUCUGUCGAUUCAUGAGAACAGCCUGGUUGCUUUUACCUCGGUCUCCCCACUGGCAUUUAGUGUUUCAGCCUAGCAGCCGCUCCUGCAAAUUUCUCCUGAAGAAAGACACGGAAAUCUUUGCGGCUGAGGUGAUCUUUGGAGUGCAGCAAGCAGACUCAGAUAUCUUUGUAAGCAGCCAGCCUGCAGAAGUAGGCAUUCCAAGCACAACAUGGCUUGAGACUCAUGCCGUGGCAGAGGCAAAAUUCUUCCAGCACAUUUCCAGACAGGCCCUCCAGCUGGCACUGCAAGUUCCUGCAGUUCCUCCAGCAGCAUCCUAA